CCGCGGGUUAUCCGCGCGGCUUCAAUCUCCCACCAAAGUGAGGCGGACCGAUCGACGGGCGUCUGUUUCGUUCUCGACCGGCAAAUCGACGGAUGAUGCGAUGCUUACUCUCGCCAUGCACCUUGCCCUUGACCGUGGUGCAUUGAGUCUGUCGCCUUCGAUCGCAUCGCCGUUGUUCAUGCCAUCCGUUCACUUGGGAAUUUGUUGUUCCGGAUGAUCGUCUGCAUGUUUCUUGUUUAUGUGGUUGUUACUGUACUGUACAUUACCUGUGCCAUAUCUCGGGUCCUUGUGUUGUUGCUUUGGUUUUCCUUCUGGACAUGGCUUGCGAGGGGGUUGCCCGCGUGCGACCCUUGCCCAUCAGCAACGCGACCUAGGGCUAUCUUCCUAGGCCGUGUGGCCGUGGCUACCUCGACUACUUGUUCUUCAUUCCUUUUCGCUGCUCUUUUUGCGAUCUGUUUUGGCGUUGGGUGUUUCUUACUGACCUGGAGUUGUGUUCUGAUUAUGCCAUCUCACGCCGCAUCAUGUCAUGUCAUGUCACUCCUUUCUUGCUCGCUUCCGCGUUUUGGUCGAAGCACGAAUGCCGCACUGCGUGCAAUACUCCUGACAGUCUGCGAUUGUCGAGGUGCAGCAGCAGCAGCAGCAGCAACAACAACAGCGCUGGUCGCACACAACCAACACAACCCACCUACGAUGUACUAUACCUGUUCUGUCUGACAUGACGGGAUGCUGUCAAUCACUGUCAACCUGGUCACUGGACUAUGUUUCGAUAUGGGAAUGGAACUGUAUCAUAUGCUGAUUUCGGGUUGGGAUAUCACUUACCUGUAUUGUA